AUGGGCAACCUCUGCUCCACCUCCAAAAACGAAGCCGAGCCCUUCUCCCGCCCCGGCCACCUCCUCGGCUCAGCCGCCAAUCCCCCACCCAACGCCGCCCCGCGCGCCCCGCUCCCCGCGAAAUCAAAGGCGCCGUUCAAGUCACCCGGGAGGACACUAGGCGAGGCUGCGCCGGAGGUUCCAGAUGCGGAGAGGGCUGAUGCGCGGACCAAUGCUGCGAUUGCGGCGCAGAAACGAGCCGAGUCGGCGGCGAGUGCGCAAAAGGGGAAAUUAGGGUCGAAACUGGCGGCGCAAAAGGCUCAGACGCAGACGCAGACCUUGAGCGAAGUGAGUAGGGAGCAGACUGCUGCCAGGCAGAUGGAUGAGUCGAGUGAGGCGAGGAGGUGGAAUUAG